AUGUCAAACAACUACGAAUAUCUAAAUAAUGUUCAUUCAGGAAGAACGGACUGGAAGGUGAAGGUCCGAAUUAUUCGAGAGUGGAGGGGAGUAACUAUAACUGGACAACCUUAUAAAGGUUACAAUUUGCUGCUACUCGAUGCAAAGAAUGUUAGGAUGGAAGCUUUUGUACCACUUUUUCUUAUGGAGAAGCUGCAGAAAGUGUUUAUUCUCGGCAAGAUGUAUGCAAUCUCAAAUUUUCAGGUGAAGAACUACACCGAGACGGACAAAUGGAGAUGUGUUACGACUGAUAGACAAAUCCAGUUUACAAACCAAACAAGAGCAAAAGAGCUUGGCGACAAUGAUUAUUUCAUAGCAAAAAAUUGUUUUGAGUUCUGCGAUCUGGGUGACAUUAAGAGCUUCGCAAACCAGACUAAAUAUUUGGCUGAUGUUGUGGGAGUUGUCACUAGAAGAGAGGAUCUAAAGUUGGUUCACACUAAACAAGGAGUCGAUAAAUACCAGAUAAGAAUGACGAUAGCUGAUGGGAGAAAUUACUUAAAUAUCACCCUCUGGAACAAUUUGGCCGAGUGCUUUCAGUCUGACAUAUCUUCCUCCAAAUAUGAAGAACCUUUGAUUGUUAUUAUCGCUGCGGGGAAAGUUGGUAUUUUCCAGGGAGUACUCAACCAGAGUUCAAGAUAG